CUUCCACACAGCCGCUCAUCCAUGUGAGGAUAAGCUAGUGUUAGGAGGCUGUCACAUUACUGCUCACUGGACACAUCUCAGAGAUGACUGACUGGGGCCGCUGAAGAAAAUGUUGUGGUUCCAAGCACAAGGCUGUUUGUUAUUUCAGAGAUAAGGCCUUAGUGUCAGCAUGUGGCUUGAUCUAAGACAAAGGGGAAAGGUUCAUUGCCCACAGAGGCUAAUGUGACCUUUAGGAAUGCUUGUUCAGUGUGGAAGGGCAGAAUAUGCAGGCCUUGCUUCCAUCCUGAUUGAAUUGUGGUGUGCAGGGUGGCUAUGUGACAACUGUACUGGCCUUAAUGCAGCAGAAUUAUCUAAUACAUGGCUCUAAAAGUUUCUAUUCUGCCUCAUGCAUUUGCUGAAACUGUUCAAGUUCUUAUAGUCUCUUUAAAAAGGAGGAACUAUUGGAAUUCAGUAUAUUACGGGACUCAGUAGAACUGCAUUUUUAAACGCUCUGAAUAUGGAUCUUAUGAUGUGAAUAUGAUGUCAUACAUUCUCCUCAGAUUCUACAGAAGGACAAACUGUAAUUAAAUGUCACCAAGUAAGUCAAACCAGACUGGGUGUAAAGGAGAGGUGUCAAUCACCUACUGUGGUGAAAUGGUUCCCAAACAUGAAGGCAGGAUGAAAUUAACCAGUGAAGCAGUGGGUAGCACUGUUGCCACACAGCAAGACUGUCCUGGGUUUUGUGUGGAGUCUGCGUGUUCUCCUGUGUUCGUGUGGAUAUACGGCAGGGACGACGUCAUCUAAGCACAUGGCCUCGACGGGGAGAAAGCAGACGAAGAAGGCGAAAAAUACACAAAAUUCAAAUGAUCUCCAUGCAUAUGAUUUUACCGUUAACGACGAAAAGAAAGGUCUUAGCGGCUCGGAGGACGAAGUGAGAGAAGGUAACGUUGGCUACCAAGCGAAAGAUGAAACUCCGGUUGUUGAGAAGCUGGCGAAGAAAAGGCCCACUGCUUUGGAAGAAGACGACAUAAAUGUGGGAAUGGGGAGUGAGGUACAAAAUAUGUUGGAAAGGUUCGGGGCUGACAUCAGUAAGGCUCUGCAGGCAAAGAGGAAGCGGCUGGAGGCCUACACCAAGAGCACCGUGAAGGGCAGCAACCAGAAGCUGGAGCAGCUGUGGAAGACCCAGCAGUGCCAGAGGCAGAAGCUGACACAGGAGUACUCCCAGCAGGUGUUCUCUGUGCUACAGCAGUGGGAGAGUGAUGUGCAGAAAUCAGAGGAACAGGAGGAGAAACUUAAUAAUUUAUUUAGACAGCAGCAGAAGCUCUUCCAGCAGGCCAGAGUUGUGCAGAGCCAGAAACUUAAGACUAUAAAACAGAUGUAUGAGCAGUUUGGCAAGAGCAUGGAGGAGAUGGAAAAGAGUCAUGAGUCCUUUCUGAUGGGAGCCCAGUCAGAGCUACGCAAAGAGAUGGGUUUACUGCAGAAAAAGAUCAUGAUGGACACACAACAGCAGGAGAUGGCAACUGUGCGCAAGUCUCUCCACUCCAUGCUAUUUUGAAGACUCCUGUCUACUUGGCAGGAUUCUGUGUCCUUCACCAGACAACGUCCAUUUGGGUGUUCCCACAAAGACACACUAUACAGCCACACCAAAGACAAUGACAGCUCAGGUGCCGCCACAGACACACUCAGUCAUCACACAUCAUAGACUUUAACAGUUCAGGUGUUAGCACCAGUUUUUACAUGGCAAAUAAUUUUAUUGUUUUUCACUCACAUUACUUUGUUAGUAUAAUGUUUCCAACACAUUAUAUUGAUGCAGAAAAUGCAAAGGCGAAACACAAUAGUGCACCGUUUUAAUGCACCACUUUCGUUCUAAGUUUGAAAACCUGUAACCUGUUAAAAUUGUUUCUAUAAAGCAAUUAAAAUGA